AUGGACACAAGUAUCGGGACAGCCCAGGAGAGGGCUGCGCUGCUGCAUACUCCCGAGCUGCAGGAUUCCGACGCUCAGCACCACACCGCCGCGAUGCUGGACCUGCCGACAAAAACGGUCGACGAAGACGUGGCCGAGGGUCUUGAAUUCGAGCACAAUUUGACGUUUCGCCAAGCAUUCGGCAUCUACUACAAGGCCAUAUUAUGGUGUCUGGUCAUCUCAACAUGCGUCAUCAUGGAGGGUUAUGACCAGAUUCUCGUCCAGAGCUUCUUCGCGUAUCCCCAGUUCCAGAUUAAGUUUGGAGAGUAUGUAGGCAGAGGGCCUACGGGAUAUCAGCUGAGCGCACCCUGGCAGGCUGCGCUAUCAAAUGCAUCCGGCGUGGGCGCAUUCUUUGGUGCUCUUCUCAAUGGGCCUCUUGUCAGUCGCUUCGGGCACAAAGCUGUCCUCUUAGGAGCCUUGAUCAGCCUGUCUUCAUUUAUUUUCAUAACAUUCUUCGCGCAGACCGCUGCAGUUCUUUUAAUUGGCCAGUUUCUUGCUGGAUUCCCUUGGGGAGUCUUCGCUACCACAGCACCCGCAUAUGCCUCCGAAUGUCUUCCCGUAAUCUUACGAGUCUACUUCACGAGCUUCACCAACAUGUGUUUCAUCAUCGGCCAACUAAUUGCGGCCGGCGUGCUACGCGGCUUCCAGUCCCGCGAGGAUGAGUGGGCCUUCCGCAUCCCAUUCGCGGUCCAGUGGAUAUGGCCAACAUUCCUCAUCCCGCUUGUGGCUUUGGCGCCCACGAGUCCAUGGCAUGAAGUUAGACACGGGCGUCUAGACGCGGCGGAGAGAUCUCUGCGCAGGCUGCAGGUCGAGUCACCAUUAGCAGAUCCGAAGAAGGCAUUGGCCGCCAUUGUAUACACGAACAAACUCGAAGAAGAGCUUGAGGUCGGCACGUCAUAUUGGGAUUGCCUGAAGAAGUUUGAACUUCGAAGGACAGAAAUCGCAUGCAUGGCAUUUAUUGGGCAGCCUCUUGUCGGACUUAAUCUUGGCUAUAACUCUACUUAUUUCUUUGAGAGAAUCGGACUUCCCACGGCAACGACAUAUUCUCUCAAUAUCGGGACCACCGGCCUUGCGCUCCUUGCCACAUUCCUGAAUUGGUUUAUCCUGAUGCCUCGUUUCGGUCGCAGAAGGAUCUACCUAACCGGCACAGGCGUCAUGAUGGGCGUGUUGUUACUGAUAGGAAUCCUUCAGAUUUGGGGUUACCAUACCGGCGUAGGGUUCACGCAGGCAGCCCUCUUCUGCUUGGCCCGUAACGCAUACUACAUGGUCAACGUUACAUGUUCAGUGCUCCAGUCAUACUUCAUCAACCCCACGGCGUGGGAUUUGUCCGGGUACACAGGCUUUAUUUGGGGAGGAACCUGCUUCUGUGUGAUACUUUGGGCCUUCUUCAGGCUGCCUGAAACCAAGGGACGAACAUAUGAGGAGCUAGAUGUUCUCUUCUCUCAGAAAAUCUCGGCCCGCAAGUUUGAAAGCACAAAUGUGGGGCAGCUCACUCAUAGGGAAAGAGAGCGAGAGCCUUUAGUACAAGGUGAGGUGGAAUAG